CGUUGCGAACGGAUAUGUCGUCGCCGUUGUUCUCCGUCAUCGUCUUCCGUUCACCACGAAGACAAAUGUUCGAAUCGCGAGCAAUAGCGCGAUCGUUGCGAACGUAAAUUUUCCCAACGAUCGCUUGACAGCGUUUACUCGACGCGUCUCUUUAACGCGUUAAUGACAUUAAUCAUAACGUGAGAACGGUGUUAAUGAUGAUCGACAGUGAGCGUGAUUUUCAAUGAUCUAUCGUUAAACUUAAAGUAUGAUGUUUCGAAAAAACAAUUUUCAAUCUGACGUGCUACGCGCGUACGAUUCACGUGUAAUUUGACAGCUACCGUGUGCGAACGUUUCUUUCUGCUUGUCUGCGAAUAUCUGAUUUCGAACUACUGACGAUUCUCCAAACGCGCAAUUGAAAAGCUCGACAGCGAUCGAGAUCGACAGCGCGAGAUAUAAUUUGACGGGAAUUCUAUCCUUAUCUGUUAAACGACUGCGAUUUUGUUAAAAGUCAAUGAAUAACAAUCAGAAGUCGUCAUAAUACGCACAUUCUCGAGACAGUUCGUGAUCCCUAUUGUAUUUUAUUAUUUAUUUUUCCGACAUCGCUUAUCGCAGCUUUGUGAGUGAUAAUCUGAAGGCUUUUGACUUGCGUAUUUCACUGAAUGUAUGCACGCAAUAAACACGACGGUCGUUUAUCUCGAGUGCGUUAAUGUAUUUCGCGUAGCACGUUACACAACAUUUGCGGUGACAGUAACGCACGGGAAAAGAUAACGAUCGAUAUGCAUACAUCGAUCGCCGCGAUCGACCUUGUCGGAUUGUGUAACCAGCCUGGAUUAGAUUGAGUGUUUAUUCAUGUUGAAUUUCCAUAAAGAUACAUCCAAAUUCUGUAAAAUCGAACUCUAAAACUUUACGAUAAUUCUCCAAGAGAGCAAAAUUACACUGUGGGUGCUCGCGAAAAAUGGCGGUGUCCACUUAUUCGACGAUGACUGCCGAUAGUAUUGCGCAUAAGAUAGCGAUUUUACGAACGAUUUAAAUUCAUCGAUGAUUCUCUCAUCGUCGAAAAAUGUCGCGGGUGAAGACUGCUGGCUAGGUGGACCUGAAAUUCGUUUGGAAAGUGCGUCUGAGGAAAUCAAUUUAGCGACAUUAUUAGCAAAGAAUUGACGGUAACGGGCUAUCGUCGUCGGCCAUUGAGAAACCUCGAAACGAGGUGCUUCGGAGAAGUUGAAAGAAGCUGCACUAAUUAAUUGUGAUCUUGGUCCAGUCAUUACGUAGAGAUUCGCAGACCAGCCAAUAUCGCCGAGAGAGUUCUCGAAAAAUACGCUGCGACGUAAAUCUGAGAGAGAUCCAAAGAGAAAAAGAGGCAGAGAGAUAGAGAAAAGAAUCGCCGUAAUCACACGCUGUCGUUCGCGAAUGGAAUGAGCGCAAGGGCGGAAUAAAUCAUCGGGAAGCCCGUGGGAUGCAUUACGCGCGUUACUUCGAGAGGGUCUCCUAAAGCAACCGUAGUAGGACCGAUCGAGCGAAAUAAUGCGAUCGAAGCGCAUCAAGAAAGCAGCGCUCUUUAGAUUGCUUAGAUACAGACAGUGCGCCAGAUGCCGGAAGAUAACUUAGCGCAUCCAGUGGUAUCUAAAGCGAUAAGUGUCGACGAGAGUAAAGAAAGAAGGAGCGCACACACAUACACACAUAUACACACACAUACACACACAUACGAGAGCACACGAGACUGAUCGCGAUCGUGGCGACGAUCGACGAGCGUAAUUUCACUUCACUGGCUGUGAUUUUUACUCUUUAGACUCCGAUUUUCAGAGGCUUGAUGCGCGGAAAUCGUUAAGACUGAUAAAAUUAGACUCCCCUCACGAAGAACACGCGAGACUGGAACAUUAUCGUCGCAAUUUGUGACAUCGAUUAGUUCGAUCGUUGCUGUACUUUGUCGUGUGAUUGACACUAUUAUAAACUGUAUCCAUAUUAUAAUACUGUAAACACUAAUCGCGAUCUAAAUGUUACCUAUAUUCUUUAAAGAAAAGUGAAGGAUUAAGACGAAGCUAAUCUCAUCCUCGCAAAGGUGCGUUGCAAGAAUCAAGUCAUUGAAUCCCUUGCAUUUAUUGAUGCCAUCGUAGAGCGCAUUGAUUGUAUAUAAAUAAGAAGGCAAGAAUCGCCUUCGUAGAGUCGGCAAACUGCCAAGCUCGGAGCUGCAUUGUCGGUUAACGAUCACGAAAGCAACGCGAGCAGAACACGAUCCAUCGAGGAAACGCUCGUCGGAUUUAUCCGGCGUGCUUCAGUUCGCGUCUAAUCACGUUCGACAACACGCUCUCGAUUACCUUGCAGUGUUCUUUCUCUUUCUCUCUCGUCGCCGCUGUUCCUGAAGGUUAGCGAAUCCCUUGGAAAGAUGUGAGAUGUUCACGCAAUUCGACCGAGAUCUACGAUAACUUUGGCCGCGUCGAGCGGAGGAGCAUUACUUGACGAAUCCGGGGAGGGAGAAUUCAUCGCAAUUGAAAAGUUUGAGUGGCACUCGGAUCGUCCAAUAGUUGGACCGGGCUUAAAAUUAUUUCACCGCAUCAACGAGAAAGAUUGUCGCGUCGUCAAUAUCGUUGUAAAGCCACUCGGCGAUUUCAAACGAAAUCGUGAAAUUUCGCAGCGUUUUAUAUCCACAGAUAGUGGAAAUACCAAUACCAAGGGACAAUAACUGAAAGGGAUUGACAAUUAAAAAGUGCAAAGCGGUCGAGAGGAAGUAUCAGAAAAAGAGGCGGCGAGCUGAGAAGCAUUUUAAACGUUUGGAUUGAGAGGGAAGAAAAUUGAGCGGCGGAAAAGAACGGAGGACAAGGUAAUUAAGAAAGAGAGAAGCGAUUGGGGGUCGAAAUGUGAAAAGGGAUUUGAACGAAUAAGUCGACUGAUGUUUAAUCGCGGAGAAAUAUAAGGGACGAGAUCAAAGCGAGAUUUUCGUCGGUGUUUUCGCGAAAAAAUAUAUGAAGUGUGAUUAAAAUUGGAAUCAGCGAAAAUUAGGCCGCUUAAGACCAAAAGCCGACGCUAAUUAACGCGAUCCUCUCGGAUUAUUUACACCGAAUUUCUCGUAGGAAAAUGUGCCUCAUUUUUCGGCGCAUUUCGAAAGUGCUUCGACGAAAUUAGACUAUCAAGAACUAGAGCGAAUGUUAAAUUAUUUAAAUAAAAGCAGUUUUUUUCUACAAAUGCUUCUAAAAUGAAAAUUAAACGUCAUCAUAGUGUUUUUAUUAUUUAAAUCAUUGUCGAGGAUAGAUAACGUAAUAGCCGGACUUCCGCAAAACUGAAAAGUGACAGUAGCUGCCUCAUUGAAGAUUCAUUCGGUGUUUUGCAUCCCCCAAAGAGUAAAUCGCGAUCAAACCCGAAGAGAUCGUUGGGAAUUCACUCGGUAUAUCAGAUUAUCGGCAGAUGAGAUGUAAUUAAAGAAAAUCCGUAAAAGUGUCGAACGAACUGCGAAGAGAGAUAAUUGAAAAUUCAUGCGGCGUUUUAGCACCUCUCUUUUUCGCCAAAAGAGCGAGAGAAAAUAAUUGCCAGUUUAUUGGACCUCUUAAUCGAUAGCCUAAGAAAGGAAAAAGAGAGAAAAGAAAGAGAAUCUAGGCAGCAAAAAGGGGAAAGAAGGAGGAAAAAGCACACUUUCAAGCGACUGACACAAUGGAAUUAGCUUAGAAUAUCCGAUCGAGAUUGGUUGAAUUAAAGAUUCAAGCUACUUCCGCAAACUUGAAUUACAAAGUGCAAACGAGGGCGAGCCAUCCAGUCGACGAGCUAUCUAGUCCGGCGUUUCCUUCGAUUCCGAAGAAAUAUAUAAUCCGACGAGCGGAGGUAACGAAAGAGUUAAGGAGAAACGUCGUCGAACGGAGGGAAGCUACUCGCAGCUAAAUCUAGCAACGCGCUCGAUAAGUAGGAGACGAAUCGUUCGUGAAGAUUGCUGAAGCGGAACAAGAAGGAUAGCACGAAGGGAAGGAGCUUCCUGGAAGGAUCAAGCUACCCCUUAUCUUGGGAACGAGACCGAGGAAAAAGGCAAUCAACCGAUCGUUUCGAGGUCGAUAAAAUUCAAGAAGAGAAUACUAGUCAACGAUUGUGCUUAAUAGAAGCGACGACGCUGUUUUCAAUUCUUGGUGAGAUAACGUCAAUCUUUCGAGCGGAAUGAACAUCGGAAGACUUCUGUCGGAUUCGAUUUGGUAAGGAAAGACGGAGGAGGAGGAGGAAAAAUACCUCCCGUCACGAGAGGGUGAAGCCACAGGAGGAGGAAGAGCUAGGUUGGGUGGGUAUGUGAUCGUUGUAUGCGUGGGGGCAACGAAAAGUGCAGUCGAAGCAAUACAGGGAAGCUAAAGCGAUUUCCGGAGCAGAGAUUGCAACCUACUACUACUGCGAGAAGUACAAGAAAGACGAAAAAAGAAGGGAAAAAACCGACUACGAUCACGACACGCGCGACAUUUGCCCGCUAAGAUACGUUUCCCUUGUUGUAUUCUGCCGUUUCUCUUUAGGGAAAGGCUAAUGGACUGUGACACGUGGAUCGUGCGACAAUGCGGAGUUUCGUGUUGACGUGGGCGAUCAUAGGGUGAUUUUAUCGCACGGUUUCUGCCGAGAAUCACCCCCAGCGGGAACCGUUUCCGCGCAAGAUAGCAUUGAAGUAUCGUUUAUAGAAUCGCGGUAGAUUCUUUCAUUCGAUCGACAUAAUUUCGGAUAUAACCGUGUCGGCAAGAGAAAGAACGCGUAGGAAAAAUUCCGGACGAGAGCGGAAUAAUCAAGAAGUUAUCAGAAGAUUGAGAAGAUUCCAUCAAGAUUCUGGAGUAAAAGGUGCGACUGAUAAAAAAAAAAGAGUACGCUUGAAAAAGCAAUGUGAUCUACGAAUUCACGUUGAUGAAAUUCGAGAGAUAUGAUGUGUCUCGUUGAUGUAGAUGUAGAUCGCGAUAGCAAUUCGCAAACGAUGAGAAGACACGAAAACGACGAGUGAACUGCAGACAUUCAAACAAAGAGACUGAGUCGUAGUCCGCUAGUGGAUUCGCUGUCUAAAACACUACUCGUUGUUUAAAGGCCACGUAACGUUAAACGAUAUCCAAGGUGCAACGCAAACGACCCGAGAGAAAGAGAGGAAGAGAGAGUGAGGAUUAUCGAUUAUCUGAAACAACGUGAUCGCGUUCGCGACCGCGAAACUAAAACUACCAGAAUUGCACAGUGUAUAAUCAAGUGUCUCGUGAACGUGUCCGACGUGCGUAUUAACGAGUUUAUCCGAUCGUAAUUGUGGAAAUAUCGACGGGAAUUCAUAUGGAGGAUUGGUCCUCAAUUAACGGUUGUGUUCAACGAAAGUUACAAAUAUAAUCCCCGCGAAACAAAAAUAUUGGAAAGAGAAAACAAGUGUAAUAAUUUGCGUAGUGUAAUAAUUAACAAGUGUAAUAACUUACAAGGGUAUCUCGUUUGACGAAUCCGACUAUCAUUUUUAAUAAUCCAGCGAUGAUUUUGAAAUAAUCCAGAGAAAGAAAAACGAUCCGUGUAAUUUUGUUCUAAAAUAACGAUCAAUCGAGAUAAAGUAAUGUAAGUCACGUCAAUGAUGCGUAAGGUGUAAAUUAAUGAAAAAAACAAUUAAUCGAUCAAAUAACUAGUCAAUAGAUUAAUAUACGAAGAAAACGCGGUUGUGUGUCCUCGAGUCCAAGGAAAACUGCGAGUGUCUUCAAGUUCUAGUCCCGCGACUCGUCGAGUGAAUCAAUCAACCGUCGAGGAUCGCAAAGACUUCAUCAUUAUUGGUGAUGCGAAGAAUCUAGUGAAAACUGCAAAGACACAGAGUGAUAAUCGAUAAGUGCCGUUGUACACCUUUGACGAAGGGGGACUUUCCUGAUUAUGGCGAUUCAAGGUGUUUGGCACGUUCUUCCCGAUUCGCAUCUCUCGUCAUCGUUGUCGUGCACGAAAUCCUGCGGAGUCCUUCGACAAGAUCGCACGGGCGCAUCCGAGGACCGCGAGAGUUAAUUAAAAUGCGAGAGCUGAACGCCACCGCAUGCGCUGCUUUGCACGAGGGCGUCGAGUGGUCAAGCCUGUGGAACGUAGUUACUCUAAUCGUCUUGGGUAUUGUCAAUAUCAUGGUGGUGAUAGGUAACGUCCUGGUCAUAUUGGCCGUCUACUGCACCAACAAGCUGAGGAACGUGACGAAUAUGUUCAUCGUGAGCCUGGCUGUUGCCGAUCUAAUGGUCGGAGUCGCCGUCUUGCCAUUCAGCGCAACCUGGGAGGUCUACAAGGUUUGGAUAUUCGGAGAUCUCUGGUGCUCCGUGUGGUUGGCGGUCGACGUUUGGAUGUGCACGGCGUCGAUAUUGAAUUUAUGCGCCAUCAGCUUGGAUAGGUACUUGGCUGUGACCAGGCCAGUCAGUUAUCCUCAGCUUAUGUCAACGAAACGAGCCAGAAUACUGGUGGCCAUCGUUUGGAUUUUGAGCUUUGUCAUUUGUUUUCCACCUCUGGUGGGCUGGAAGGACAAACGAUCGCAUCCCACGUAUAACAUGACUCUAUAUGGCCCGUCCAACACCACCACUAUACUUAUACCGAUGAAACCGUGUCCAUGGAUCUGCGAGCUGACCAACGACGCCGGUUACGUCGUUUACAGCGCCCUAGGUUCCUUCUACAUGCCGAUGCUAGUGAUGCUGUUUUUUUAUUGGCGGAUCUACAAUGCCGCCGUUUCCACGACGAGAGCCAUUAAUCAAGGUUUUCGGACAACGAAGGCCUCGAAAAUGCUCGGCAGCAGGUUCGACGAACAAAGACUGACCUUACGAAUACAUCGUGGCCGCGGUAGCGUCCACAACGGCAGCAACAACGGCAACUCGAGAAGCCCAGACUCGAGCAGCCGUAGCUCUGUCAAGCGGGAGAAGAUUAAAAUCUCGGUCUCCUACCCCAGCACUGAAACUCUUAACACAAAAUGCAACACCCUCGAGAGAACGCCAUCGAAGUGCUCGCAAAUCUCGGUUCAUUAUAGCAACGGGCAGACGCAGACGCAGCUUUGUCCGCGAAAUACGCACUUAAAGGUCGGUGGUGUCAAUAGGAUCGGCAGCAGCAAGAAACCGAGCAGACGGAGCAGCUGCGAGAGUCAGGUAACCGGUGACGAGCUGUCAUUACGCGAGAUGACGCCGAGCAGUGAGGAGAAACCGCGAGUGAUGAAGCUAGGCAAGAGGAACAUAAAAGCGCAAGUGAAGAGAUUCCGCAUGGAGACCAAGGCGGCGAAGACCCUGGGCAUCAUCGUCGGCGGUUUCAUAAUGUGCUGGCUGCCGUUCUUCACCAUGUACCUGGUGCGCGCAUUCUGUCCGAAUCACAUCCAUCCGACCGUCUUCAGCGUAUUAUUUUGGCUAGGAUAUUGUAAUUCCGCGAUAAAUCCCUGCAUCUAUGCCCUCUUCAGCAAGGACUUUCGCUUCGCUUUCAAGAGAAUCAUCUGCUGCAAGUGCUCCUGCAUACAACGCGUCAACACUUUGCGUCGUGGCAGCGAUGGCAGUCAGUUGGCGAUGAGAAGCGAACGAAGUCCGAGUUACUCGAUCCGCGGUGCUCAACAUGGGAUCUCCAUCGACGACUCGGAUCCGGAUCCGGCAUCGGAACCGACGCAUUCGCAGAGUGAGUCCAGAUGAUUGUAGCGACACGUCCGAGUUGGCGCGCAGCGCGUCACCUUCAACCCUCGAUCUUCCAGAGCGAGGAUAAUCUGAUGAUCGGCGACUCUCGGACACGUCAACGUAAUAUACGCUUCGCCUUUUCGUCAGACUGACGCGAAUUUGACUGUCGACGAAGCUGGAAACGCAUCCACGCUUUGUCUGUCUAAUAUACUGCGAUCACACGAAAUUAUUAGGCGGGCAGUUAAGAAACGAGUCUUGUUCUAACUUCUCUGUUGCCCUUUGUUGUUGAAAAACGAACAUCACUCUUGGUCUGUCUAUCGGCAUCGUGUCAAUCUAUCAUGAUUGAAGUGAAUUAGGAGAGAAAAGUAGUUUACUAGGCGAGGUGAGCAAAUAAUUUGUUACUCUCUCGACUUGAUUCUUCACGCGAAUCGCGUAAUCUCGCUGCAACGAGAGCCAGCAGAGAGGUAAGUCAAGUAACAAAUUACUCUUCUCGUUUCUCUGCCAUCUAUCUCUGAAAGAAACAUAAGCAAGUAACUCGCCGUUCGAUUUGCCUUUACACUGUAAUUGGUCGAUGGAAGCAGAAUGCCAGAGAGAGCUUCGUGCGAUCCAAUCGAAACUGGAUUUUAGUGCACCAGGACGCGACGCUUCAUCUGUGCAAAGGAGUAGAGAAGAUAGAAUCUCGUCGCUUCGAUUUGUAUUUUCGGCUACAUUAUAAGGACUUAACACGUCUUUCGUAAGCUACCAUUUCUCCUUGUGACCACCAUCCGGUGAACGUAAUGAGUCAUCGUACCCACUUAAUGUUACAUGUAUCCCGCGCGGAUCUUCAGAGAGUAGUCGGUUGGACUCUUGCCGGGGGACUCGAGAGAUGAUAAUCUCUCCGAUGAUUGAAUUAAUAUAUUUAUUCGGUGUGUGCGUGCAUGUGUGUGUAUAUGUGCCUUCUUUUCUCGACGUUCUCCUCUCUUUCGCGCACAAAGAAUCGCUUUGCAAUUAUUUAUUUAAUCCAAUACACGAGUGAAUCAUGCAGCUCUCGAUCUUGGAGUCCUUUCCGGUUUCAAGCUGAGAUGAUUGAUUGAUUAACUGAUUACUCCUGACAUCCGUGACAUGUGUGCAUAUACGUGUUGCGCAGUGCAUUCGUCCCACGUCGCUAUUAGAUCGGUACCCAUUGAAAGACGAGAGACCAUCUCCAAGGAGGAUGAUAGAGAUUAAACAACACUUGCGGCGCAAUUCGAGAUGCGAGAUGCUGAGGGGACGGAUUAUCUUCUAUGUACAUAUCCGACAUCUGUGUGUACGCAUAGCGUUAAGUAUGUCGUUAUCCGCUAUUAUAAGCCGAUGUUCGCGCACACUCGUAUAUAAUAUUGGCGUUUCCUCCUUCCUUUCGCCUCUUUUCUCCCCCGCUUCCUCUCUCUCUUCUUUCUCAUUAGUCCUGAGGGACAUUUCCGGGAUGCGACCGGAACAAGAUCGCGACUCUCUUCGAUGUUGUUGAUUUGUACGUUUUUUUUUACAUAAUCUCGCGCGCGUUUGUAUAAUAAACAUCGCAUCACACACAUCGUUGUUACCGCGCGUGUAAUGUAUACACGCAUUAUACAUAUAUAUCAUACAAGAGGAAAG